UUGUUAGGGGCGGACAAGGUCGCACUCCCAGGAAGCUCUGCGUACAAUGCGACUCUGUCGUCGUAUUUUUCCUUGCAGGCAGCCGCCGUCCAUCCGCUAUGCUUUGUUACGCCACAGACGACUGCUGAUGUGUCGGCACUUAUUGGGUCGCUUACGAGCACUAACAGUAAUGCCUCAUGCCAGUUUGCCAUCCGAUCAGGGGGCCACAUGUGGUUCCCUGGCGCAUCGAAUGAGCCGGGUGGCAUCACCGUCGACCUGUCAAGCCUUGACUCUAUCGAAGUCAAUGCUGCAGCCGAGAAUUCGACCGUAUCUGUCGGCGUGGGGGCAACUUGGGAUGCCGUCUACGCAAAGCUCGACCCCUUGGGGCUUAGUGUGGCUGGCGGCCGAGUAUCCGGCGUCGGCGUGGGAGGCUUGACGCUGGGAGGUGGCCUGUCUUAUUUUGGGCCUCGCUACGGCUGGACAUGCACCACAGCUUCUUCCUUUGAGCUUGUCCUCGCCAAUGGAUCUAUCGUGGAGGCCAAUGAAGAGAGCAACACGGACCUCUUCUAUGGACUUCGUGGCGGAAGCAAUAAUUUCGGUGUUGUUACCAGGAUCGUACUGAAGGCCUUCGAGCAAGACCAAGGCCUGGUGUGGGCCGGUACAGUCUACAGUCCCCUCUCGACCAUUGACGCGCAGAUCGAGACCUAUGUCAACCUUUCGGCCGCCGAAACUUACGAUGAGAAUGCUUCAUUCAUUACCGGAUUGGGAUACUCCCAGUCCAGCAACCUGACGGUCGUCACCAACGAUCUUGUCUACACAAAGCCGUCGGGCGAUGGAGCCCCGUCGUUGUAUCAAGGCUUUCUCGAUCAACCGUCGCUUGUUAGCACAACUGCCAUCGUCAAUAUGUCAACGCUCUCCCAACAGCAGGCUGCUUAUUUGCCGCCAGGAGUAGCCCAACGAUUGUUUGCUACAACGACCUUCCGGCCAACUACCGAAAUGCUCCGCGCCGCAUUUGACGCCUUUAACAGCAGUCUAGCCGAGGUCAAGGGUAUCAACGGUAUGACAUGGACGCUCUCAUUCGAGCCGCUCCCCCCUGCAAUCUAUCAGCGUGAUGCUACCAAAAAUGCACUGGGCCUUGCCGAUCGUACCGGUACUUUCGUCGUGUGCCUCCUGUCCCAUGGAUGGACUGAUGAAGCCGACAACGAGCGCGUGUACGCCGCGUCUGCCUCGCUUCUGAACACUCUGGAAGACGCUGCGCGCACCCUGGGCGUGUACGAUGCCUUUAUCUAUCUCAACUACGCGGCCCCAUGGCAAAACCCGAUUGCUAGCUACGGAAAUACGAGUGUGCAGCAAUUACAGGAGCUGCGUGCCAGGGUGGACCCUAAGGAAGUAUUCACGCAUCUCGUCCCAGGUGGUUUCAAGAUUCCGUCUUGA